AAACCACGACAUAUCUCUCUCGUCCUUUUUGUCAAUCCUCCUCCUCUCUGUAAAAUCUCUGUAAUUUUUUUUAUUUUAUUUUGAAAUGGUUCUUCCGUUUCUGUCUUCCUCUCCCCUUCUCCGUCUCUCUUCUCAGAUCAUGUCUCCUGAUCCCUUCUUCUCUUUCUUUUUUUAAUAAUAUUUGAUGGUCCCUUUGCCCUUUUUACCCGAGAAAAAUUCAGAUCGAUUUAACUAAUUUUACACAGAAGAAGAUUUUUUUUUUUUUUUUAAAACCCUUACCUGCCUAAAAAGAUAUGUCUAUGGAGAGUUCAUUAGGUUUCAUGGCGGUGUUCGCCGUCUCGGGAAGCGUCGUCUUCUUAGCGAGUCAAUUUCACAAGCGUCUUCUCUCCGAUUACAUGGACAAGUUCGAUUUCGAAAUCCGAUCGAAGAAAAAUGUGGUGAUGAAGAAGAAGGUGAGAUUCGCGGCGGAUGUGGUUGAGCCUUCGGGGAAUAACAAAGAGUAUCGCCGGAGACACUCUUCUAAAUCCAAAUCGUCGAAUUCCAAGUUGGCGGCAACUAUUUGAUUUUCUAAAGGUUUUUGUUUUUUUUUUUGGGUAAUAAUUAUUCAUUUUGGGGUUUUUGUGAUUUGAAAAAAAAAAAAAAAAAAAACCCGUAAUUUAAUUUUCCGGAUUUUUUUUUUUUCUUAUUUAUGAAUCUGAAUCUGAAUCUGGGGAAAAAAUAAAAGAAGCUUCAUCAAAGUCUUCUUCCCAGGGUCAAUUCCUUUUCUUAUUUUUUAUUUUCUUGAGGGGGUUUUUACUUGUAAAUAAUUGUUUUGUGUAAAUACAAAUUGUGAUUCCUGAUUUACAUGUUUUGUUCUUAAAUCAUUUGUUCUGUGAUUUUAGCCUUAUCCUUAAUUAAAGGGUUUACCAUUCAAUACAACACUGUAUCUGUA